AUGGCUUUUGUUAAUACCUACAGAUGCUUUUUCCCUCGUCUAGCUGGCGACGGGGCUACUAUUUCUGAAUGGACGGAUGACUGGGAUCUCUGCCGGCAGAGGAUGGCCCUUGUUUGGGGGAAAUCUGGGCUAGGGGUGAGCAAAGGCGUUGGCGCCGAAGGUGCAUGGGCGAAUCUGGAGCAUAAAGGAGGGGAUGAGUUAUUAGCGAUGGUAAACGAGUGA